AUGUGGCUGGAUUGCACGCACUUGCGAUUUGCCCAAGAGACACCCUUCAGCUUCAUCCACGCGUCGUACUGGCCGUCGUGCGUCACCAGAAUCCACUUGCCGACCAGCUGCUUCUGCCACUCCUCCAUUCAGUCUCGCCUCCUCCCGGCCGCCGCCCUCUCGGCGCCGGCCUCCUUCCUUGCCGCUGGAGAGCCGCCGGUGGUGGUAGACUUGCGCCCGCGCGAGGCCUUUGAGCAGUGCCAUCUGAGCGGCAGCAGCUCUCUCCCGCUCACGUCACUUCGCGCGCGCCUCUUCGAGCUCCCGCCGCCCGGCGAGUGGCCGCUGACCCUCGUUGGCAGCGCGGCGGAGCUCGAGACUGCCCGCGCGCUCCUGCUGCCGAAGGGAUGGGAAUUUGAGGAGCGACAUGCAGACGACUCGGCAUUCUGGGAGGGCGCGGCGAGCGAGAGCGGGCCGGACUCGGCGCCGCUGCUUCGCCCGAACGCCUUCUUGGCGUCCGCGCUGCGCCAAGUCGACCUUCCCGAGGCGGGAGCGGCGAUAGACGUGGGCUGCGGCAGCGGCCGCGACGCCGUCUUCCUGGCGCAGACGCUGGGAGACACGUGGGAGACGAUUGGCGUCGACAACCACAAGGGCGCGCUGGAGCGGGCGCAGCGGCUUGCGGAUGGGUGUGGCGUGUCGGCCGCCUUUGCGCUGGCGAACGUGCGCAAGCAGAGCCUCUCCGAUCUGACCGAGCGGCCCAUCUCUAUUGUGCACGGCUGCCGCUUCCUCGACCGGCCGCUGCUGCGCGCGCUGCCCGAGGUCGUCGCUCCGGGCGGGCUGGUCGUCUGGUCGACGUUUCUCGACGGCGAUGGGCCGCCGCAGGCGCCGCCUUUUCGACCCAGCCGCCGGCUGCAGCGAGGCGAGAUGGAGCACCUCUUUGGGGAGUCGCGCGGCUUCGAGGUGCUGCGCGCGGAGGAGGGCACGCUUCUCACGCGGGGCGUGUGGGAGAGCGCACAAAAUCGCGACAAAUCGUAA